AUGGGGACGCUGCUCCCGUGUCACCCUACCCUUACCCUCCUCCCCGUCCUCUUCGCCGCCGCCAUCGCCGGCGUGCGUUGCGCGCCGGUGUAUAGGCCGGAGUACCUGGUGGACGGGAACCAGCUGCUUGCGGAGCUGGCCACCAACCCGCUGGUGAACGCGUGGUACGCCGGUGACACGCCAACGGCGCCCACGGAGAUCGCCGACCUCUGUCUCGGGGUCUACGGCGACGGCGGUGGAGCAGGCGGGUUCGUCGGGAAUGUCUCCCGCGCAGCCGACGGCAGCUCCUACAACGUGAACGGCGUCAACGGCCGGCGGUUCCUGGUGCAGUGGCUCUGGAACCCCGUCCUCGGCGCGUGCUACGGACCCAACUCCAGCAACUGA